GUUUCUGAGGUUCGGUUUGGAGAUGCAACCUUGCCAACAGAAAACCUAAGUCUCGCAGCGCGUCCUCCACUAAGAUAUCGGCUCGGCGCGCUAUUCCCCUUGAACCGUUGAACCGUUGAACCGUUGCGGCGUAUCGCGGCUGCCGGCAGCGCCAUGGGCGAGGAGUCGCCGGAGAAGCGCUUCGCGCGCGUCAUGGACAUCCUCUCGCCGCCGCUGCCGGCCAGAUCUAGCUCAGCAGCCCGUCACACACCGACACCUGGAUCCAGCGUGGCACCAUUCCGUGGCGUGGCGGCCCAGGCGGCGUUCAGCUCCAACAGCGCGCCGCCGCGCCCCGCCGUGCCGCUCGCGCUGGGGCACGCGGCGGGGGUGGGCGCCCCCGCAACGCAUUCCCACGGCGAGGCAGCUGCGGCGACGAGUGCGGCGCGCGCGGGCGCGGGGUUGUGCCGGCCGUGGGAGCGCAACGACCUGCUGCGGCGGCUCGCCACCUUCAAGUCCACCUCCUGGUUCGCCAAGCCGCAGGUGGCCGGCCCAGUGGCGUGUGCGCGGCGGGGGUGGGUGAACUGCGACGUGGACAUGCUGGCAUGCGAGGUGUGCCACGCGCGCCUCAGCUUCUGCGUGCCGCCCUCAUGGUCCCGAGCUCAAGUGGAGCGGGCGGCAGCGGAGGUGGCGGGGCGGCUGGAGUCGGCUCACCGGCAGCACUGCGCGUGGCGCGGCAACGAGUGCGACGAGGCGCUGCUGCUCUUCCCCCCGCAGCCCCCCGCUGCGCUGGCCGCCGCCCUCUUCCAGCGCUGCGACGCGCUGCACCACCUGGCGCGCCUGCCCGCGCUGGCGCCCGCUGCCGUGGAGCGCAUGCGCGGCGCCAGCAGCCAGGCGCUGGACGCGCUGCUGGCGCUGCCGCCCAUCCCAGUGGGCGCACCGUGGGACGACGCCGUGGGGGGGCGAGCAGUGCAUGUCACCUCGGACGCUGCUGCGUACAUCCAGGUGCAGCGCAUCAUUGCCGUGUGCGGGUGGGAGCCGCGCGCCCUUGGCUUCGUGCACGACGCGCAGGAGCUGCCCGGCACCACGCAUGGGGACGCCGCUGCGCACCCCCGCCUUCAUGGCCACGCGCGCAUGGCCUCGCGCGCGCCUCCUGGCAUCCCUGCGUCGGCGGCGGUGUUGCAGUGCGCGCUGUGCGGCGCCAGCGUGGGCGUGUGGAACUACUCCACGCUGCCGCGCCCCCCCGCCCCCCUCGCCCUCCCGCCCGCCUCGCCGCAACUCUCUGCCAGACAAGGGCAGGCAGGGGAGGUGGGGGCGAGGGAGGGGGAGAGGGAGUUGGAGGAGGAGAGGGAGAGGGAAGGUGCACGAGAGGGGGCGAAGGCAGAGGAGGAGCAGCGGGAGGGUGAGAGUGGGGCUCGGAAGAGCCUCCCGGCCGCCCCUGCAGCAGCCGCCAUAAUCAUUGCGCCUGUGGGCGCGAUGAGCAUCACGAGCCCGCCCCACACUGCUGGGCUGCACGCAGGGGGCAAGGCGAGGGGACGCUGGGCAGUGUCCCGAGGGCAGGGGGAAGCUGGUGUGGCGGAAGGCGUGGGGGAAGGCCCAGGAGAAGAGACAGCGGGGGUGAGAGAGGGGUUUUGGGGGGCAGGAGAAGCGGAGGGAGGUGGGGGGGGCAGGGAGAGGAGGUUAGAGCCGGAGGUGGUGACGUCUCCCAGGCGGGUAAACGGGCAGCGCGAGGGGGGAGAAGAGAUUGAGCAAGAAAAGCCUGCUCCGCUUCCUGCUGUGGCUACUUCCCCUGGUGUUGCUGUUGCUGUUGCUGUUGCUGCUGAUAACCCUGCAGCUGCUGCGACUGGUGGAGGUGGUGGUGGUGGUGGUGUGAGUGGGAGGGCGGCAGCGGGCAGCAUGGCAGCUCCUGCUUCGGUCGUGAGGAGGCCAAAGCAGGGCUGGGAGGCAGUGGGGGUCACAGCAGCUGUUGAGCCGGUGGCAGCGCGCCCUGGUGCACCAGAGGCAGCAGCACAGCCAAGAGCAGACGGCGCCAAGCCAGGCAAUGCUGCCUCUGCUGCCGCGCCACUAACCACUGCCGAGCCCCAGUCACCAUCGCCAGCAGCAGCAGCGGCAGGGGGCGCAACGAGCCAUGCGUUGGACCUCGGUCUGACCAUUGCUGGCGGCCUCCCUCCCACGCACCUCUCCUCCUCCCCCCCACCACGCCCCUUCGGCUCUGCCUCCGCCCUCCCCCUCUUUGGACCCGGGCUGCCAAUCCCUGGCUGCCACCUCAGCAGGCCCGCAGGCUCUAGUCCAGGUGCAGGCAGCAAGGUAGGCGCAGGGGGAGGGGGAGGGGGAGGGGGAGGGGGAGAGCGACCAGCAGGGAGAGAAGGGGUGGGAGAGGAAAGAGGUGCAGUGGGUGGGGGAGAGGGGGGGAAUGCGGGCGCGGAGGGGUUUGGGCAGUGUUUGGGCGAGGCGAGCUUUGGGCGCGGGGGGGCGCAUGCACUGCCGAUGAACAGUGCGGAGGGCGUGGUGGCGGACAUGGCGGAGGUGUCGUCCGAGGAGGCCGAGGUGGAGGGCCACCUUCGCGGCAAGGGCCUGCGCGGCAAACCGUCCUCUCGCUCCCUCGCAGGCACGGCGCGCAGCAAGGAUGCGCAAGAGGGAGACACAGAGGGACGCGUGGCAGCACACGGUGGCAGGGGGGCGUGGGGCAAGGAGGGGGGGGCGGAUGGAGGGGGGGACGAGACGGGCAACGACGAGGGGGAGGGCGCGAGGCUGGCAGAGGCAGCGCAGCACAGCCGGUAUGACGGGGGCAGUCGCCACCUGGCCGCGCCUGCGAGCACGGAGCACAGGGAGGGCGGUGGCAGGGAGGGCCAUAGCGCUGCUCCUGCGGACCAGCAGUCGCACGGAACGCCCUUUCUCACGCCCUCCUUUCCUGCCCCUGCUGCCUCCACCGCCGCUGCUGCCACCACAGGAGGGGAAAGGGGCGUGCAUGGUGGUGUGGCGGCAGCAGCAGGCAGUGCGGCAGUGGGGUCCAGUGCGAUGGGGUAUGGGGAGGACGCACAGAGGCAGAGGGGCAGGGCCAUGGAGGGGGUGAGGAGGGGCCGGGCGUUGGAGGGCAGAGCAGGGGGCAGCGAGUUCCUGGAGCCCCCGCAGAAGCGCCGCCACGUGGACAGCUCCUCUGCCCACGCACCCCGCCCCCCCGCCUCCCGCUCCGCCUUGGGCUCGGGGCAGCGAGGCAAGGGCGCGGGUGCAGGGGGGGGAGAGGCUGGGAGAGGGGUGGGUGGAGGGAAGGGGGUGGGAGGUAAGGUGGGCGAAGCAGUUGGUGGUCCCCCUCCCCCUCCUCCUCCUGCUGCUGCCGCUGCUGCUAGCACUGGUGGAGCAGCAGCAGGGGCAGCAGGGGCAGCAGGGGCAGCAGGGGCAGCAGGGGCAGCAGGGGCAGCAGGGGCAGCAGGGGCAGCAGGGGCAGCAGGGGCAGCAGGGGCAGCAGGGGCAGCAGGGGCAGCAGGGGCCGCAGGGGCAGCAGGGGCAGCAGGGGCAGCAGCGGCAGCAGGGGGCAUGGGUGCGGUGGGGGGGGAGUGGGCGCGUGCGUCGUCGGUGUAUGCGACGAACACGGACUUCAGCGAGCGCGAUGACACCAGCGCUGACAGCGUCGACAACCUGCCGCCCCCCCACGACCCCCACGCCCAGGGGGCAGGCCAGGGGCAGGGAGGGGGAGGUGGGCAGGUGGAAGUUGCAAGAGAGGAGGGGGGCAGCAGGGAGGCCUAUGUGUUACCCGGGGCAGCAGAGGCGGGGGCAGGACAGGCGGGUUCCGGGGAUGAGGCAGGCGAGAGGGCAGAAGCGGAGGGCGGGGCGGUGAUGGCACGGGGCGUGGGGAGGGGAGCUGGCAGGGAGAGCAUGGGGGCGCAGGGAGAAGGGGGCGGGGAGGCGGUGCAGGGGGGAAUGGCGCACUCUGGGCGUCCGGAGGUUCCAGAGGGAGAGGUUAGGGAGGAGCGUGCUGCUGCUGGCUGCACUGGCGCCAGUGCUGGUGCUGGUGUUGCUGCUGCUGCUGCUGCAUCUGCCAUGGGCGUGGAUGCCAUGGGCGUGGGGGGCAGUGCGGCGAGUGCGGGGCGCAUUGAGGCGGGCAGGGCGGGCGCGCUGGCAGUGGAGGGCGAGGAGGGGCUGAGCAAGAGCGGGGAGGGCGGGGGUGAGGAGGGGGGCGAGGCGGCGACGAAUGCGGCGGUGAUCAGCACGGGCACGGCGGCGGACGACGCCGAGGGGCCGGGCGCGGGCAGUGUGGCGAUGGGGGCGAGCGUGGAGGUGGAGGCGGAGGCGCAGGACGGCCACGUCGUCGACGCCUCACGCGCCCUCGCCUCCGGGGGCGGGGGGAGGGACAACCCGGGCGCAGCACUGGUGGGGAUGGCGCUGUCCGCGUGCCGCAGCGUGGACGGGGGGAGAAGGGGAGGAGAGGUUGGCGAAGAGGCAAGGGGGAAUGCAGUUGGGAGGAUUGGGGACAUGGCGCUUGGGAUUGGUGGGGAGCAGCAUGGGCAGACGGGGGAGGGCAUGGGGGAGGGUAUGGGGGAGGUCAUGGGGGAGGGGGCAGGCAUGACGGGCAUGGAACAGGUGGCAGCAGGGGGUGUGGCGGUGGGGGAAAGGGGGGGAGGAACAGGGGCAGCGGGGGGAAGGGGAGGAAGGGACAGUGGCGUUUUGGGUGAGGGACGGAGGGGAAGCAGCUUGGGUAAAGGAGUUGAGGAGGGGCCAGGGGGUGAGAGGGCAGGGGAAGCAAAAGGGCAAGGGAGGAGGCGUGAGUGGGGAGGGCAGGGGGAGGGUGCGGGGGAGAAUGGGGGCCCAGAGGAUACCCGAGACACCACCCAGGGGCUGCUCAUAGGGGAAGACGCUGAUGGGGAUGGAGACGCUGAGGUGGACGUCCGUGCUGACGUGGCAAAUGUUGGAGUGGCAGCAGGGGGCAUGCGGGAAGCAGCCGAGGGCACGGGGGAAGUGGGGCUGGCAGCAGCUGGGGAAGAAGGGGCAGGGGAGGGGAUGGUGGGGAUGGAUGUGGAUGAGGGGCAGGGGGAGGGAGGGGGGUUGGCGGGCAUGCAGUGUGGGCGUGUGAGGGAGCGGGCGCAUGGAGAUGAGCGCAUGGCUGGCGGUGGCAACGGUCACAUGAAUGUGCAUGGCGAGGCGCAUGGUGGCGCAGGGAGCAGGCAGCACAUGGACAUGGGUGGGGUCGAGCGAGGCCAGCAUGCUGCCAGGGUGGGUUCACUUAUGGGGCUUGGAGAGGAAGUGGGAGUGGAGGGAGGAGGGGGGGAAGGCCAUGGGAGAGUGGGGGGUGCAGGCAGAGAAGGUCAAAGUGUGGAUGGUACCGGCACUGCUGUUGCUGAUCAUGCCACUCCGGCUGCUGCCGCUGUUCCCACUGCUGUUGCUGCUGACGGUGUCGGUCCACCUUGUGUGGUUGAGCCUGAGGUCAGCAGUGGCUCACCUCCCGCCACUGCCAAUGCUGCCAAUGCUGCCACUGCGGCUGCUGCCGGUGCUGCGACUACCGCUGCUAGGUCUGCCCAUCCUGCCACGAAUCUAGGCACACCCUCUGAUGAACCGCAGCGCCUGUUUGACCCGCUGCUGAGCCACCGCCGCUUCUGCCCCUGGGUCAACGCCCUCGCUGCCUUGAGCCAGGUCAAUGCUCUGCCUGCCCCGCCCCACACACACCCUCUCCCCACCGUGCCCCCCUCCCACGGCACCACCCCUGCCGUGCUACCUGUGGAGCGGGGCAUGCCCGGAUGGCAGCAGUGCCUGGCAGCCCUGCACCACCUGCAGCCGGUUGCCGCUGCCCCCGUGCACACACCUGCACACUGGGCGGCUGAUGGCGCUGCCGAAGGGGCAGCCGACUGGCUGCCUGGAGGGAUGGAGACAUGCGACCUGGUGACAUCCUUCAAGGGUGAUGCAAUAUCUUCUGUACGAAGACUCUUCCAAGGCCGGCGCUCCUCUUCCUUUGCCUCUCGCACCCAUCAGUCCCCCCAGUAAUCCCUCAGUUCUGGAGUCACCUGCAGCACUACUUUUUCCUCAUCCAGCUCUCCGCUCCGCUUUAGGGCGAAUUCCUAGAUGGAAAAAUCAUUACCGUAUCAAAUAUUAGAAUUGUCAUUUCAGCACAUGGCAAAUGACCAGAGGAUGUGGAGUCGAUUGUUGCUUGGGCACUUCAUCCUGUCCUGCCCUGACAACUUGCUUUUCAACCACACGGCUAAGCCAGAAAGAUAUGAAUGCAUGCAGUAUGUAGUGUUAGAAGGUGAUGACGGCAACCACGACAGUGACGAGAGCGGCAGCGGCGGCGGCGUGCGGCGGCAACGGCCUGCGGCAACGGCGGCGGCGGCGGCGACUUCAACAUCAGAGGCGACUGCAGCGGCCCCCGCCCUUUCGGCGGCAUGGCCAGUCUCGACGGCGAUGGGGGCCCCCACGCGCCAGGCGUCGGCUGUGGCGAGGAGGGGACGCAGGGGAAGGAGGGCAGCUGGCGUGCGGGCGGUGGCGACGUCACAGGCGUCGCGCGGUCGGCUGCGGCCCGACGGCGCCGUCACAGAGCGGCGUCGAUGCCGCAGCGGGACGUCGACGCUGCGACGGCAGCACGACGGCCCGACACCACGGCAGCGCGUCGAGACGGCCGCGGCACGACGCGGCCAGCGGCAUCACGAUGCCGCCACUGCAGCAAAACGCGGCCGCCAUGGCCGCGCGAGCGAACGAGGGUGAGGAGUACGCGGCGGAAGCGUGAGGAGGCGGUCCAGCAGGGAGGAACUCCUCUGAUACCAUGUUAGAAGGCUAGCUUAGCUAGGAAGCUAGGAAAGGCAUGAGGUUUAGCUAGGAGGAGCCAUGGAGUGGCGUGAGGUUUAGGAAGGAGAAAAGUUGAGGAGAGAAAAGAGAGUUAGGAAAGAAGAGAGGGGGAUACAAGGAGGGGUGUUGUACCCCCUAGAGUAAUGU